CACGAGACCAAACCAACCCACAAACGGGGACAAACACGCAGAGUCACACAUCAAUCCCGGAUUCGAAAACGAAUAAGAGCUGAGAAAGUUGAUCCUUUUUGAAUUGACUAGCUAGAAAGGAGCGGCAGUCAUGGACGGAGGAGUCGAGAACGCAAACCCAACCAUUCUCAGCCACGCCGAGCUCCCUACGAGACAAAAUAAGAAGAGAAGCACAGGGAAGACCGGCAUAGAACAUCAAUACGACCACAUUAUACUGGCUAGGCCCGAUUAUCUAUCUCCACUCUACGGCACUGACGAUGUUGCCUGGUUCGAUGGUCCUCUGGAUGACACAGAUGGGCUCACGCAAGAACCCAUCGAUGAGCAGGAAAUCUAUGAUCUGAUAUCGACCAUCUCGGAUCCAGAACAUCCGCUCUCCCUGGGCCAACUAGCAGUUGUUAACCUGCCGGACAUCUACAUCACGCGUCCCCCUUCUACUCCAUUAGAGCCGAAUACUCUGGUGACAGUCCGGGUCGAGGUCACGCCAACCAUCACGCACUGCUCUCUUGCAACCGUCAUCGGCCUGGGCAUCCGGGUCCGCCUAGAGCAAGCUUUGCCACCCAACUACCGCGUCGAUGUCCGGAUCAAGGAGAAAACCCACUCCCAAGACGAUCAGGUCAACAAACAGCUCGCGGACAAAGAGCGCGUCGCCGCGGCUAUGGAGAAUGAAACCUUGAGGGGAGUCCUGGACAAAAUGCUCGAAACUUGCGUCUGAUUGUCUUCCUGUCACUCGUUUCCUCACCAUGUAGAGGAUCAUGGUCCAGAUGCCACUCUGCCCCAACCGAUGGCAAGCCCUGGAUCGUAACAGUCAAGCUUAUCGGCGACGAUUCAAUUCUGCAGCUAUACAAUGAGAAUGGGAAUAUCAUAAAGAAAAACUCUCAUUUGCUCGGCAGAUCAGCUCCUCGGGCGCUGCUCAAUGUAGAAAUUUUGGCUAGCUAAAUGCCAUGGUCUGCU